ACGAGUGGUGGCGCAUAUUUGAGCUGUGCGAAGGUGUCACCAGAGAAUUUGCCCCCAUAGCACGCUGUUCGUUCGAUGAGCUGUUGUUGCGCGAAUCGGCGGUGGCGGAUGAUGAUGGAAGGCGCGCGCAGGCGGUGGUGUAUGUAGGUACGUGAAGACGUCGUCGUCGUCAUCGUCAACGCGGCAGCCCACUAUGAGGAAACUAACCUAACUAGCCGCGCCGCCGAUGCCGCUGUUUUGUCGUACACGCGUAUGAUUCAGUCGCGAGCAUCAGUCAGCUACGAUCGUUUGAUUCGCGCGCGGGUCGUUUGACCACUCAGUCCCAAGUGUUGUCGUCCAGUGGCGGCUGGAAGAUUUGUUUAUUGCUGAACUCUUUGUCGCGAUCGUUAAAUGCGUUUUGUUGCCGUUGCGGUUCACGGGUCAUUUGAGUUUUAGGGUGUUUUAUUGCUAUUAUUUUCGGUGUUUGUGUGCCUUUCUUUUCGGUUGGGAGGCACGCCAGUGAUUUCAGGUCCAAAAUAGGACAACAUGGUUUACUGAAGCGUGUGAGAUUGUGUUUUGACGUCUUUAUUUGGUUAGGACAAGAGCAGUGUGUAUUUGAAGUGACUCACGUCGCCUUCUUUUCUGGUGCUGGAUCGUGUGUUAUAGAUUUCACGUGAAGAUGGCCCAUCAUCAUUCGCAUCAUCAUCGUCACAGUGUGGUGGACAAGCAAUUGCAGAAAAUAGAUGAAAUUUUCAUGAACCAAAAAGAGAACGAGGUCAAAAUUGUAGAAUCCAGAACAAGCCGGCACUGUAAUAUUCAUGGAAGUCAUCGGAGAGGAAGUAUUUGUUCGGCUGUGAAACGUGACUACGUUAGCUCCAUGGCUGAUCUAAGUGCCAGCAAACGAGCUUCCUACGGAUCGAUCUACAAUGUUGGCCGAGAAGCAGAAAUGGCUAAAAGAAAAACUCGAUUGGCAAACAGGAACUCAAUCGCCCAUUUCGGCGACCUAUAUUCCAGCAAGAAGAAUUUGUACAACCCAGACCGCCGACGUGACAGUAUGCCAAUCCUAAAUAAACCGGCUCGCCCUAUGGAGCAUCCAUCCGACUUUCCGUCGAUGCUUCGCAACACAUCGGUUUCUACCGUUGACCUUCGACGGAAACCUUCUAUUUCCGGAAGAUCAACAGCCAGCAAGCGGAGCAGCCUUAACCUUGACGAUCACCAAAUUCACCUCCCAUUCGCCCCAACAACCGGAAAGCUUCACUCGAUCCUCAAGAACAAGGCCUCUUCGCCGUCUAAGGACAGUGAGGACAGUAGCGAGCAUGACCUAUGCGACCUCACCAAACGCCUUUCGUUCGACUCGGGGAUAGUGAAGCCGCCGGUUGUCAACCGGCGGAACUCGAAUGACUCCAGCUAUUCCUCCUACUCGCGGCGGAUUUCUAUUGAUUCACUCGAUGCAACUCGACGCAACUCCAGGCGAAUCUCCGACGUCUCUUCUCUGUUUGGUAAUGACGAGGACAGCGUGGUGGUUGGCAGUGGUGGAGGAAUCGAUCUUGAUCGGAUUCGAGUGCUGAACAAUAACUUUAGCAAUAGCUUUGCUGGCGCUGGCAAACGCGAGGUAUGCUCCCCAUUGUACAUCGUAGGCCUAGAAGCUGUAGGUAUUCACAUUAAUACAAUUUCAUUACGAAGUGUUUACACACCAAUGACCUUUCAUUAAAUUUGUUACGGUUCUGCAUCUAUGUAUAUACUUU